AUGGCGGGUCAGCCUAACUCAGACGCUUUGCUUGGGCCAUCCGAAUUUCAUGCGGCCUUGGUCGCUGCCGAGAGGCCGCUUGUUCUGGAUGCUCAGUCCCUUCUCAUCAAGGACUUGUCUUGGCACAUAAAGGUGGGCGAGGCGUCUCGAAAGACUCCUCUUCUCCCUUGGGAGACGGGUCCCCUUUCUUGGAUCUUUGGUGGGCCACUCAAGAGGCCGCGUCUGGAGCUACCUCGGGACCUGUCUCCCGAUUCAGGAUCUGCUGUUGAUGCGGGGGUGCCUCUGGUGCAUCCACAGCCGGUGCCCAACUUUGCAAGGGAGCGUCUUAGGAUUGCAGCUCUCCUGGCUACAGACGACAGUUCUCGCUGGGAGGCUCUGAGGAAGUUCAGGACGCUGGUUUUGCUUGACCCGGCGCUGUCUCAGGUGGGGCAGUCACUUGCGGCUGAGGCUUUGAUUCUGCGAGACGGCGAUCAGAUGAGGCGAACCUUCUUGGAUGUCUUUCAUGGCAAAAGUACAGCUACUUUAGUGAAGAGAGCCUCGUCGCUUUGGAGGUUUGCCAACUUUUGUUUUGACAAUGGUCUGGGAAAUCCGCUCGGGGCUGGCGAGAAGGUUUUGUACCGAUACAUGUCGCACCUCGAGGAACAUGGCAAGCCGACAUCCGCCUCGGCUUUCCUUCAGGCCUGGAACUUCGCUGUCCACACUUUGAAGCUCUGUAGCCCGGACGCUCUGGGGGCCUUGUCCGCUAGAGUCAAGGGUGCUGCGCAGCGCAUGUACUCCUUGAAGAGGAAGCUUGUUCAGGCAGUACCUUUGACAGUGAAGCAGGUGAAAGGCCUGGAGUACGUGGUCCUGAAGUCCCCGUACCCCCAUUGGCGAAUCAUUGCGGGUCACCUCUUGAUGUGCAUAGGGUCUAGCUGCCGAUUCGCCGAUUCCUUGCAGCUGACCAGCCUCAAGGUCAGCACUGCUCAGGGUGUUACCCUGGUCGAGGCAGAGAGCUCGAAGUGGAAGACGGCUUCGAGGAAGGAUCAGCUCCUUCCUUUGGCCUCCUUGGGAAAGUUCUUCGCUGAGGAGUCGUGGGGAGAAGUUUGGGCUAAGGAGCGUGAGGCUGCUGGUCUUGGCCUCAACCCGGCGCUCCCGGCUUUCUCCGAGGUGACUGGUGAGUGGCUUAACCGUCCUAUGUCUACGGGGGAGGCCACUUGUUACCUUAGGGAGUUCAUGACCGCGGCUUCCCAGAUGACUGCUGGGUUAGGGUGUCAUUCCCUGAAGUGCACUGUCUUGUCUUGGGCUGCAAAAUCCACGGAUGUCCCUCUCGCUGAUCGACGUUUGCUGGGGCAUCACAUAGAUCCGGGAGUGGUGUCGCCGCUUACUUAUGCGAGGGACGAGCAGACCCGACUCAUGAAGGUAGUUCAUCUUGUGGUGGAAAAGAUCAGGAAAGGAGCCUUCAAGCCGGAUGCCUCGAAGGUCUGGCGCCUCGCGAAGCUGAUUGAGUCUGGUGGCACGGAGCUGCUUAUUGAACAGACUGUGCAAGGCGAUCCCUCUAUGGAGGAGUCCGAUGACGAGGAAGGCGACUUCGGCGACGGGGACAUGGCCGCUGGAGGAGCGUGCGCCUCGAUGGAGCGAUUGAGUGCAGCUGAGCUGGACAUUGCUAAAGAUAGUCGGAUGCAUGUCUACUCGAGGGUGGUGCACAUCCUGAAAGGAUCCAAGUUCCUAUGUGGGAGGAACCUCUCUCCAAACUAUGAGGCCAUCGAUCCGGAUGUUCCCCUCCGAGACUUGCCGGUAUGCGCUCAGUGCUCGCAGAAGUACCAGCAGAAGACGCAGUUCAGGCCGUCCUUGAGGGACGGGACAGUAGCAGCCAUGAAUUCGACAAUUGACAGCGAAGCCACGUUCGCUGCCCGGGCCACCGAGCUCGGCAUGGAGCGCGAUCUCUUGGACUUGUUUGUAAAGAACAACGUGAAGACGAUGGGCGCGCUAGCCUUUGUGAGCCCCUAUCAAAUCGGUCAAGCAGAUGAGAAACCGCUUCUUGAAGCCCUCAAAGCCCUGAUAGGGCGCGACUUGACCGCGAAGGAGCUGAUCCCAGUCAGGCGAUUGUGGUUCGAAGCCUCGACCACAGUGAUGGGAGAGCUGAAGCAGAAAGUAGAGAGAAAUGACUCUGCGGAACCAGUUCGUUUAGCCAUCGCUGAAAGAACAACACGUCUGGAUGAGCAGAAAAAGCGCCUUGUGGGCGUGUGCAUCAACAGUGAGUCUGAGCCUUCUCACCGCCUUGUGGAUGUUGUCUUCCAGCAGGGCGCGGAUCAGCAGCUGACGUGGUUGCCUUGGGAGAAAUUGACAAGUCGGGCUCAUGAGUUGACGCAUUCUCGCUCCGACAACGCCAUCCUGUUUGACGCUCAGGGCAACAUGAGGCUGACUAAGAAGAUGCAGGAGAGCCAGUGUACUCUGACGGGUGAGCUCCAAGCUCGACAAGCGCUUCAGAGGCGCGCGUUGGCGUAUGACCUCGCCCGCUUGUGUGACUAUGCUGUCAUGGAAACCUACCAUGAGGAGUUGUUCCAGCUCCUCACGCGGCCUCCACCUCCCAAUGCCCUCUACGUCUCAAUGGGCCAAAUCCGAGAAGCUGAUAAGCACUUAUUCAUCAGGAUCGCAGAGCAAACCCGGGGCUCUCUCACUGCUCGCCCGGAUGGUGCUAAGCCCAUGCAACAGCAGCUCGAGCUUCUCAAGAACCAUCCUCAGGUGCAGUUCUUCUUGAUGCCACCGCAGAAGCCUCUCCGCUACUCUCCUUAUGAUGGCAAAGGGGAGGGCAAGAAGGGAGCUGGAGGCAAGGGAAAAGGGAAAGCAUCGACCGGUGCUCCCGCAGGAGGGGCUGCGCAAGUGGACCUCCCAUCUGGAUGCAGUGCCAAACACAACGGCAAGCCAAUAUGCUUUGCGUACAACAGGGCGGGCUGUAAGUUUGCCAAGGAUGGCAAGCGGUUGCGCCUCGCCCUGGAUCGACGUCUUCAACGAAGGUGUUUCAAGCUGGGGCCUACAUUUUCGGUGUGCUGGCCGGUCUACGCCGGUCUUGAGUUUGUUUUCAGUAACAUUGCUGUCUUUGCGAACUUACGGACUGAGAUGCACCUAGAUCCUAAUAAUCUGGAGGGGACUUUGAACUUUGCCAUUGCCCUGUCUUCCUUCGAAAGCGGACAGAUUCGACUUGAAGGCGGGCCGCAGGGUUCUGAGGCCCUCUUGGAUGUCAAGACAGGCGUCUUCUUUGAUGCCCGGACUCGACGCCACGGGACAUGUGACUGGACAGGUCAGCGAGUUGUUCUUGUGGCAUUCAGCCUCAGGGGCUCCGAUCGCCUUUCUGCAAAGCUUUCAACGUCAGAUGCGCCGGCGCAUGUCGCUGCAGCUUCGCCCGACUUUCCUCCUGUGCCUCCGAAUGCUCCUGCCUUUGUUGAGGUGUUCGCUGGCUGUGCUCGCUUGUCAGCUACGUUCGCCCGGGUCGGGUUCAAGGUCAUGCCCUUUGAUGGCCCUCGGAACCCGCAUCAGCCUGAGCAUCCUGUGUGCACGCUUGACCUGACAUUGCCGAUUUGCCAACAGAUUUUCUUGAGCCGCCUCGAGAAUUCCAGUGUCUUCUUGAUUCACUUUGGGUUGCCUUGUGGCACGGGAUCGCGUGCCCGCGAGGCGCCACUUCCCCAACAUCUGCGAGCCAGUGGUGCUCCUCAGCCUCGCCCGCUCCGAGACCAUGUGCACGUCUUGGGCCUCCCUUCCUUGAGUCCUCAGGAGUCUGCUAGAGUGGAGGCCGCCAACCGACUGGCCGAGUUCGUGGUGCAGGUGCUUGUGCGAGCACAUGAUCGAGGCUGGCGCAUUGUCAUCGAGAACCCCAUUCGUUCUUGGAUGUGGAGUGUUCUAGCCCACUUUGUGCGCGCGCUUGACAAGCCUCGCUUUCGGUCAUGGUACUCCGAGCUGUUCACUUUUGAUUUUGAUCAAUGCUGCUGGGGCGGUCGCCGUCGCAAAACUUCCAAUUCCAGGUUCUUGACCAAUGUGCCCGAGCUUCGCUCCUUGGUGGCUUCUUGUCAAAAUGAUCACCCUCACGAGCCGUACCGCAUCUUCAGAGGUGCGGCCUCUUCUUGGAAAUUCGACACAGCUUCCGAGGCCGAGUAUCCUUUGCCUUUGUGCGAACAGUACGUUCGCCUCUUGUGCCCGCUGGUCAAUGCCCAGCCGCCCAACCUGCCUAGGCCUUUGGUUCGUCAGGUUCAUCGGAAGCCUCCUCUCGUGCCUGAGUACAAAUCCUUCACAAAUGUCCGCCCUGCAAGUGGUGAGUUUCGCGAGCUCGCUUCAGAUCGGGGUGUUGGCGGGAGCAGCUCAACUCAGGGCUCCACGUUUGGAGUCUUUCACUCUAAGGGUGAGUUCCUUGAGAAGGCGCUGGAAGUUGAGCACCCCUUUGAUUCCGCCUUUGCCAUUGACGAUCAGACCAAAAGGAACGUCUUCGAGUUGCUCACCAUGGGUCUCCUGGGCCCUGCUCGCAGGCGGAUGGACACUCAGAAAAAGCUUUCAGCGUUGAAGCGUGAGCUUGCCGUCGAGGAGAAGCGUUUUCACGCCUCCCUUCCGGAGCACGCCCAAAAGGUGCUCAAGGGGAAGAACAUCUUGUUGUGGAAGAAGCUCCUUGAGGAGACCGGGUUCCCAGACAUCACGGUCGCUGAGCUCAUGGAGGGCGUCCCACUGGUUGGUAGGCCUAGUAAGUCUUCCUUGUAUGGGUGGAAGGAGCAGCCGGCGACCACAACGUUGGAUGAUCUUCUUGUUUCCUCCGUGUGGAGGAACCCUGCGCUAGCGGCGAAGGGCAGAGUUGGGGACGACCCCGUCCUAGCCGAGAAAAUCUGGCAGGCUACACUUUCGGAGGUGGAGAGGGGCUUCAUCUCGGGGCCCUACGAUUCGGAAGAGGACGUUAAGAAGGCCCUUGGAGUUUCUCACAUCUGCUGCAGCCGGCGCUUUGGGGUGAAGCAAGGUGCAGGCGAUGCUUUGAAGUAUCGCCCCAUCGACGACUUCAAGGAGAGUGCCAUAAAUUCUGCCUACCACGCGGUGGAUCGCUUGCAGCUGCAUGACGUCGACUAUUUUGUUUCCUUGAUAAGGUUUCUGGCGAACUCCGUGGACGACUCGGGUGCAGUCAAUGUCGAGCUGUCCGACGGGACAGUGCUGAGUGGGGUUGUGCACAGUGACUUUCGAUCGGGGCGGCGCUGGCUUGGACGGUGUCUCGAUCUGGAAAAAGCGUAUAAGCAGGUUCCCAUAUUGGCCGCUCACUUGCCCCUAGCCGUCAUAAUGGUAUGGGACCCGAACACCAGCCGCAACAGAUAUUUUACCACUUGGAGCAUGCCGUUCGGCGCAUGCGCGGCCGUGUUUGGAUUCAAUCGCAUAUCCAGGUCGCUCUUACAUCUUGCCUCGCACCUUUGCGCCGUCAUAGGAGGCGUGUAUUUUGAUGAUUAUCCUAUGAUCGAGCCUGCUGAGUCUUCUAGGAUGUGCAGCCGCUCGGUGGAAACCCUGCUUGACUCCUUGGGAUGGUCUUAUGCCGUCGGUGACGACAAGGGUCAGCCUUUUGAGGAAACCUUCAACCUCCUUGGCAUGCGGCUGGGCGUCUCUAAAAUCAUGGAUGACAUCCUCGAGCUCGAGAACAAGCCCAGCCGGGUCCAGAAGCUCGUUGAUGCAGCCAGGAGAAUGGCUGCGAGUGGGGUUGUGAGCAAGAGUGACUCUGCAUCCCUUCAUGGCCAACUGAACUUCAUGGUGGGCUUCGCUUCCGGCCGUUCCUUGAAAUUUGCUGCGCGAGCCUUGUCAAACCUUUAUCACUUUCCACGGGAUCAGCCUGACGAGGAGGUGAAGUCCUUGGGCCGCUACCUUGAGUCUGCGCUUUUGAGCUUGGAGCCCAAGGUCAUCAGGCUGAGGUCAGGCGGGAGGCCGGUGUCUGUCUUCAGCGACGCCUCUUACGAAGAUGGUGUGGCGGCAUGGGGCAUUGUCCUGGCAGACCCUGUCUCUGGUGAGAGGCUGGUAGCUGGCGGGAUUGUAGAUGAUCGCCUUGUGCAGUUUUGGCUUGAUGAAGGAGUUGAACAGGUCAUUUCACAGGCCGAGGCCUUUGCUUUGGUUCUGGCAAGGAGAGCUUUCAAGGACCACUUGCAGUGCCGCAGAUGCGUGUUUUAUGUCGACAAUGAUGCGGCGCGCUAUGUAUGCAUUAAGGCAAGCAGUCCGAGCCGUACCCUCCUCUCCUUGGCAUGCUCCUUUUACGCCAGUGAGUCUCAUGACGGAGUCAUUUCAUGGCUGGAGCGUGUUCCUUCUGCGAGCAAUAUCGCUGAUCUCCCUAGCAGGGGAGAAUGCGCUGAGGCAGCAAAGCUGAUAGGAGGCAAGAUUGUCGACUGCAGUCAGAUUGCAUCGGACCUGACUUCGGAAAUUUUGUCCGUGGAUGAUCUUCCGUGGAGCCUUCUUGCUACGUCCUACAAGGACAAAGCACCUCCGAUCUUCUUGUGA